GUCGGGCUGCACAGAAUGAUGGCCAGAGGGUCAGCGUUUAAAGCAAUUCGAGAAAGCAAAAGCAGCGCCGGGAGCCCUGGCAAAGAGCUUUCAAACCCUAUAGAAUGCCUAACUGCAAUAAAAAAUGAUCAUUUUUGUCUGCGGCUGCCUGACGCCCCACAGCCACCGCGGCCCCGCGCACCCAGCGGCCCUCCCUUUCCAGAAGCCGCGCCGUCACCACGGACGGCUCCAGGACCCCGCGCUGCGGCAGCCCUCAGACCGCCGCCUCCGGCUUCGCGGCGCCGAGCCCGGGCUCAGCUCGGGGCCGGUAUCGGCAGCGGCGGGGCCCGGCCUGCGCGUCAGGUGACGCGGGUCGCGGCGCCGCGCUCUCCGCCCAGCGGCGAGCGGGGGAAGGGAGCGGCGGCGGCGGCGGCGCGGGGCCGUGUGGCGGCGGCGCGGCACCUGGGCUCCCCCCGAGGCCGCCGGCAGGCAGAGGGGCUCUCGCAGCCUCUCGCAGCCCCGGCGGGGAGCGCGGCCGGCAUGAGCCAGGUGCCGAGGAAGUUGCCCCAGGAGGAGGGGGACGAGGAGGAGGAAGAGGAGGAGGAGAUCGUGGGCUUGGCGGGCUACGCCGACGGGGCCGAGUCCUUCUCGGACGGGGACGCGGAGAGCGGCGGCGAUGAGGCGUUUUUGGAUUUCAAUGAUCCCUUCAGUACUGAAGUUAAGCCACGAAUCCUGCUCAUGGGUUUGAGAAGAAGUGGGAAGUCUUCCAUUCAGAAAGUUGUCUUUCACAAAAUGUCACCAAAUGAGACCCUCUUCUUGGAAAGCACAAACAAAAUCUGCAGAGAGGAUGUAUCCAACAGCUCCUUUGUCAACUUUCAGAUAUGGGAUUUUCCUGGGCAGAUUGACUUCUUUGACCCCACAUUUGACUAUGAGAUGAUUUUCAGAGGCACUGGAGCACUAAUAUUUGUUAUUGACUCUCAGGAUGAUUAUAUGGAAGCAUUAGCUCGGCUGCAUCUUACUGUGACCAGAGCAUAUAAAGUGAAUCCAGACAUCAACUUUGAAAUCUUUAUCCAUAAAGUGGAUGGCUUAUCUGACGAUCACAAGAUUGAAACACAAAGAGAUAUUCACCAGAGGGCAAAUGAUGACCUUGCAGAUGCUGGAUUGGAGAAAAUUCAUCUCAGCUUUUAUCUGACAAGCAUAUAUGAUCAUUCUAUAUUUGAAGCAUUUAGCAAAGUGGUACAGAAACUGAUUCCACAGCUCCCAACACUGGAAAAUCUGCUUAACAUCUUUAUUUCAAAUUCUGGGAUUGAGAAAGCAUUUUUAUUUGAUGUAGUAAGUAAGAUCUAUAUUGCAACGGACAGCACUCCAGUGGAUAUGCAAACUUACGAGCUCUGCUGUGAUAUGAUAGAUGUUGUGAUUGACAUUUCUUGUAUAUAUGGGCUUAAAGAUGAUGGCACUGGAACUCCGUAUGACAAAGAAUCAAUGGCAAUCAUAAAACUGAACAAUACAACUGUCCUUUAUUUAAAAGAAGUAACAAAAUUCCUUGCUCUUGUUUGCUUUGUGAGAGAAGAAAGCUUUGAGAGAAAAGGAUUAAUAGACUACAAUUUCCAUUGUUUUCGAAAAGCCAUACAAGAAGUAUUUGAAGUAAGAAUGAAAGUAGUAAGAUCUCGAAAACAUCAAAGUCAUGUGCAAAAAAAUAAGAGACCCACUCCUAAUGGGACACCAAGAAUGCCACUGUAACUGAGGUUUUCUGGCACUGUGGCGAGCUAAGAUUUCAUGAAGUUGAUGUGACUUCUGCAUCUCAUUGCACUGAGUGAAGAGGAAAACCAAUGGGACUGAUGUAUUACAUGAAUUUUCCCUGAACGUUCAGAAAGCACUGUUUAAAUAUUUUUAUCCAAUCAGUUUUUUUAAUAUAGUGAGCACUUUGAGCAAAAUGUUGUAUAUAUAAGCAUUGAGGUGAACACUUGUAAGAAGUUUCUUAAUAUAUACUGUAAACCUUUUUCAUGCCAUAUUAAGAAAAAACAGCUGUGACAGAAAUAUGGGUACAUAAUUUGCACUUUUUCAUGUUUUCCUUGUGGAGUUGGACUUUGAUAAACUUAGUUUUUAUGGUGAUUUUGAUGCAUGGCGUCAGGUAAAAUGUAUGCUGUAUUUUAUUUACCUGCUACAAUCAAAUUGGCUAGUAAACAAUUAAGAAAACUUGGUACGAUGCCUUUUAAAAUUUGUUACAGCUAAUACCUAACAUUCAUAUCGAUCUAAUUUCAUAUAUUUUUCAAUUUGUAACCUGAAAAGUAAUUUUGAAGUAUUACAGCAAUAAGUACCUUACCAGCAAUCAUAACUGGUAGGUAAACAUUCAUAACUGGUAGGUAAAUAUUAGCUUUUAUAAAACAGGCUUUUGGCCAUAUUUCAUCUGGAGUUCUUCAUAACACUGGUAAUGCCCUCUGGGUCUACUUUUAUCAUUUACCUCAGCGUAUACCACUAAAAUACCUUUCUAUAAAGACAAUUGUUUUGUAAAAUGGCUCUAUGUUGCACUGGUAUUUUUACAAGGUUUUGGAGGAGGGUGGUUUGUCCAAAAGAUUGAAUUUAUGCUGCUAAAUUUGUUUUGAUGGCCUGCACAGUUGUGGUUGUUGCGGUUAAGAAUCUGUGCAUUUCUACCCUGCCAUUCAGAUGUACUGAUGGAAGUCCUAAAGAUGCAAGCACUAACUUCUGAUUCCUUCUACUUGUGGGUACAUCUGCAAUUGAAAUGAGUACUGGAGAAAUCAAACCUGUUACAGUAAUCAGACUAUCUUGCUACUUUUAAUAUAUAGAAAUGAGCAGAUUUGUCAAAGGAUCCACCAGGACAUCCGAGUACUAUCAGACUUUCUGAAGUCUGAUAAGUAAAACUUUCUGAAUUCUGUGUUUACUGGUUUUGUUUAGUUAAUGAUACAAAAGUGUCAUUCCUAGCUGGAAGAACAACUCCUUUUUUCUUGCUCCCCAAUCCCACUGCAAACCAGUUGUGUGCACAUUCUGAAGGUGUUGUCAGCAGCUGCUGGGAGUGGGAAGAGCUUGAUUUGGAACGCAGUUUGCAGUAUACCAGAACUGGGCAAGGGGAGCUGCACUUUACUCAGUCAUAAACUUGUCUAUCCCUACCUGAGAUAGCUCUGGGAUAGAUGGGAGGGGAGAUGGAAUUUGAAAGUUUUCUUUUGGUUAAGGCAAGGAAUAGUACUGAGCGUCUAUUACUGAGUUAAGAGCUCCCAGUGUUUUCUGGCUUUUGUUUCACAGGUUAAACUCCUUAUUUUUCAACAAGUCUAAAUUCAGUGGUGGUUUGAAUGUAAAUGCAAAGUUUCUGUAUGCUGUACACAUCUUGAGGCUCUAAUAUUGCACUGAAUACAUAAGCUGGGAGAGCCACUUGGCACUGAAUGCAAAGGUUCUCCUCAAAAGCAUCUGCCAAAAGAGAAAUUAGUAGUUUCCAAGUCCCUUACUGCUGCUUAACACGCAUGACUUAUUUAUCUUUCUGGAACAAAUUGGCCAUUUCGGCAUGAAUGUACUGAAUACAUGGGGAGUUCUUAGAAAUAGGUGUAGGCUACUGGAUGGAUCUAGGCUCCAAGUCUCACUAGAUCAGGAAUGUAAUUCUAGGAAGGUGAAAAAUGUUGAGAAUAAGUGUUGAUCCUGGCAGCAGUGUGAAGGAUAACCACAGUAGCUGUAACGAAAGCAGAGCGCUUCAGAAAGUGAAAGAGUUCAGUUUUGGUUCAGUUACCACCUGUUGUGUUAAGUGAGGGUGGCUUUUCAGACCAAGCCUUCAGUUAAGGCAAAGCUCUCUUCAGAGUUCACCACAGAAACGGUGGGUAAGAGCUGCCCUUCCAUAGCCUUCCAAACUGGACUUUUAUUGAAGAGCAGCCAUAAUUUUUGACCAUUUAGUUGAGAUCCACCAUUGUGACUCAGCCUCAGUCUUUUUUCGCUUCAUUCUUGUCAGGUAUAUGUGAUUUUGUGAGAUGAACAACACAUGCCAGCAUGUAUUCAUUGCUGGACAAGGCAUUAAGAAAAGCAUCUGAUCACACUGGCUGUGGUAUGAGUACUAACUACUAAAGAAUGUUGUUCCUUUAUAUUUGGCUUAAGAUCUGUGCAGUCAUGCGUACCCUUUUUCUUAGAGAGACUAUCGAGUUAAUUAAGCUAUUCAUUUACCAUGAAGUUCCCUCCUGAAUUUGACAUCAACUGUAAUGCAUAAUGUAGUGAAGGUGACUUUGGCUAAUAAAAAUAAUCAAAUUGGAUAUUAUCAGAGAGAGCAUAAUUUUCAUCAGUUUUAUUACGCUUCAAAUAUAUUUAACAUUCAAGGUUAAAAUGCAUUCAUUAGACUCUUUAAAUUUGAUGUUUCUCAGUUUAGGCAAUGACUUGCAUGUAGCAUUUUUGGGUAAUUGCUUUCUAUUCAGUAUCCCAGGUUUUCACAUACUAGCUGAAGUGAUUAAGCACUGAGGCAUGCAUGGGCUUGUCUUAUUUGAAGAACAACUUUUUUCCAAUCUCUUGCAUUUUCUUUUUAAAUUUCGUUCAGACUCUAGUUUUUAUCUGAAAGGGAGGAAAUACCCCAUAUGCUACAAGAACUAAUUCUGACAAAGCAGUGUAGAGAGAUAUAGAAAAUACAACACCAAAGAACACUUAGAAUUGAUGCAAUAAGUCCUGAGUAGUACGAUACCUCCAAAAUAGGUAGUCUGUUUGCCAUUUUUAUGUAUCAUCACAGUUGUCUGAACAUGGGAGGGGCUGUUGCAGAUCUAGCAAUCUUGAAAACAGUUUUAGAAUAAACCCAAACCAAUUCAGUAUCCCACUGAACUUUUGAAGUUAGGAGCUGAAUGUCUUUAAAAUAUUAAUUCCGAAAACUUACAGUUGAGGUCUGCACAGAAGAGUCAAAAUGCAUCCCUGAACACACACUGGAAACUGGUUAUUUAAAAUUACACAACCACAGAAUGGCUUGGGUUGGAAGAGACCUCAAAGAUCAUCUGGUUCCACUCCCCUACCGUAGGUAGAGUUGCCAACUGCUAGAUUAAGCACUAAAUCAUGUUUCCCCUGAGCCCCAUUCAACCUGGACUCGAACACCUCCAGGAAUGGGGCAUCCACAUUCUCUGGGCAACCUGUGCCAGCACCUCACCUCUCUGUGGAAAAACUUUCCCCCGCCAUCUAAUCAAAAUCUCCUCUCCUUUAGUUUAAGACCAUUCCCCCUUGUCCUACCACCCAUGUAAAAAGUUGAUUCCACCUGUAUUUAUGAUCGCCCCUUAAAUACUGGAAGGCCACAAUGAAGUCUCCCUGGAGCCCCGUCCAGACUGAAUAAGCUGAGCUCCCUCAGCCUGACUGUGUAGAAGAGGUGUUCCAGUCCUCUGAUUAUCAUCAUGGCCCUUAAAAUUAUGCGAUAUUGGAGUGUCUU